UGCCUGUCUUUGCCUUUCCACACGAAUUAGGGUUUGUUGCGUGCUUUUUCCCACCCCUCCUGCCUCGUAUCGCCAUAGUUGCUCCCUUCUCUCGCUCUUCCUUCUCUUUGGUGUCUGCGUCGGUUGUCGCGGUGGUGUCGUCGUUGCGCUGCGUCCUCUUCCUGGGCUGUUUUGACCCUGGAUUGAGUCUGCUUGGGAUAAUGUCAGCAGAUUCUGGCUGGUGCAGUUGAGGACAGUGUCGGGUCGUGAGGUUGUGUCGGAUUGGUGACGCGUUGAGCGGACGGCUGGAAGAGAGUGCUGAUAGCGGGGGAGAGUUUGAGGUAUCGUAUUCCCCGUGGCGGUGCGCUCUCCCCCCGGAACUUGCUAGAAUUUGGCGCGGAGCAGUGGGUGUGAGGCUCUGGGCUUUGGUUGCGCUUCUGGGUCUUUCAAUUGAUGAAUUCGGCGUCUUGGAACGGUUCCAAUGUCGAAGUUCUAUACCGAAGAGCGGUGACCUGCAUGUGGCACAAUUUGCCUUGAGAAACUCGUGGUGGUCCUUUUCGGUGAGAGGCGCGUAGCCUCAGCAACUAUACGUUGAUGUAGCCCCGCUUCUUCUUUCUUCAGUUUGUUAGAUUCACAUAAUUUUGAGCCUCCGUGCUUGCAUGAUUCUAAGAGGUACAUAAAAGGCAUGUUCAUGUCUUCCUCGAGUUCCUACUCUAAUCGAGUUAGAACUUUGAUAGUGUAAGUGUAAGUCUUAUAUUAGCACCAUUUGGGAAAGAAGAAUCAUUUUUUUCUUGGUGCCCAGUUUCUUUCUGGUUUUUCGAUUUGAUAACACAGAGAAGGUAGUAUAACCUCUUCAUAUUUUCUUCUCGCACGUUAUCAUUAUUAUUUUUUUGAUCAUUAUAGUUAGCUGUCGUAUUGUUGGUCUCUGCUCUUUAACAUUCUCGAGGGUGCGAGAAAAUGUAGACGAAUGAAGUGGCUUCUGGGGACCAUGUGAGCCUAAAGAGCUUCUUUUCGGCCAAUUGUGACCAGCAACAUCAGAGUCAUCUGUGUGGUAUGACCACAUUGGAGAAAUGCUAUUGGACAUGAAAUCUACAGCCCAUCAGUAACUGUUGAGGAUAUGAUCAACCUAGUAUUAUUCUUCAACCAGAACUUGGUGACUGUCCUUCUGUGUGGAGGUCUUUCCUGCUUCAGCUCUCACAAAGUGUUACUCAGUUUGAUUUCCCCACAUACCCGAAGAGGGCUGAGAAGUGCAAGUAUUUCUCGUUAGGUUACUCUGCUAUGGCAGGGUUACUAGGUGGCGCAGAUGCAACUGCACAAUUGGCAUUAGCAGGCGCUAGCACUGGGAGUGGAAAGCUCGAGGAACCUGAUCAUUCAAGUGCAAACUGGUACUUCACUAGAGACGAGAUUGAGAAUCAAUCGCCCUCAAGGUUGGAUGGAAUCGACAUAAAGAAAGAGACUUACUUUCGGAAAUCGUACUGCACUUUUUUACAAGAUUUGGGCAUGCGAUUAAAAGUGCCUCAAGUGACCAUUGCAACUGCCAUCGUAUUCUGCCAUCGAUUUUUCCACCGUCAGUCACAUAAAAAGAACGACAGACACAUGGUAGCAACCGUAUGCAUGUUUUUGGCUGGGAAAGUGGAGGAGACACCUCGUCCUCUUCGAGAAGUUAUCAUGUUCUCUUAUGAAAUUCGGUUCAAAAAAGAUCCUGUAGCUGUUCAGAAGAUUAGACAAAAGGAUGUUUACGAAGAGCAAAAAGAGCUGGUGCUAGGAGGGGAGCGGUUAUUGUUGACCACUUUGGGCUUUGAUUUGAAUGUACACCAUCCGUACAAACCGCUGGUAGCAGCUAUCAAGAAGUUCAAAGUUGCACAGAACACCCUGGCGCAAGUCGCUUGGAACUUUGUAAAUGACGGCAAGCAAUCCUCAAGCAAGAAGUUCCAAGUGAUUCCGGAUGACUUCCUUCAGGUUGCUUGGAAUUGCGUGAAUGAUGGCCUUCGCACCUCGCUAUGUCUGCAAUUUAAACCUCAUCAUAUUGCUGCGGGAGCUAUCUUCUUGGCUGCCAAGUUCCUUAAAGUGAACCUCCCCAAAGAUGGAGAUAAAGUGUGGUGGCAGCAGUUUGACGUCACUCCUAGACAAUUGGAAGAAGUAAGCAAUCAAAUGUUGGAGCUGUACGAGCAGAACAAAACCAAUGGUCCAACGGGUUCGCUUGCCAAUGAUCCAAGUCCCAGCGAAUUGAACCGGGGUCAAAGCCAAUCUGAAGCUCCUUCUAUGAAUGGGCAUCAUCAUCAGCACCAAAGUCAUUCAGCAAAGCCAGAAUUGGUUGAAUCAAAAGUGGAUGAAGCAUUCAGCCAGCGCGAUGACGAAUAUGCUGGCGGCAGAAUGCAGUCGUCUUCACCAUUGUACACGCCUAAUGUGGUGAGAACCUACAGUGACACCCCUUCUGAUCGACAGGCGGAUGCAAGGCACAGUGGUGUUCCUGAGACAUCUGGAGCACAGAUGUUGAACGAAAGAGUAAAGCAGGAGACAGUUGUUAAAAAAGUUGGGCGCUCAAAUGGCGAGAAAGUGGAGCAUUAUCAUGAAUAUCGCGAGUUGAAGACGAUUGGUAGUCGAGGUGAUCGCAAUGACGAUGGUGGAUCAGGUACUCGGGAGCGACGUAGAGAAACUGAGGAGUGGAUUGUCAAGGAGAAGCCCAAGGAGAAGGCAUCAUCAGUGGUAAAGCCUGAGAUGGUGGAGGCCAAGACAAAGCCAGCUGAAGAAAAAGACGUCAAGAAAGAGUUUGUUAGUUUGGAUGAAGUGAACAAAGACAAGAUUAAAGCAGCGUUGGAGAAAAGAAGAAAAUCACGCGUAGUAUCAGAAUUUAAACCUCAAGGUGUUAAGCAUGAGCCUACCAACGAAGAAGAGUUAUUAGAACGGGAGCUUGAGAGCGGUGUGGAUGCAGCAGCGGAGGCCGAGAAAUCUGUUAAAGAGAGAAGGGAUAGAAAAUUUUCAAGGGGUGAACAUGACCUUUUAGUUAGUAAAGACUAUCAGUCAGGGGCCAAAAAUUCAAGGGUAAAAGAGGAGGGAGACAUUAAGAAUAGGAUUGAGCAUGAUGUGACGGAUUUGAAGAAACGAGUUGCGGACGCUGAUCUUGCUCCUCCGAAUGGGAAGAAAACUGUGAAGGAACCUGAAAGGAAGCAGGGGAAACCACUUGAAAGUGGUGACCACGCCGAUGUAGAAAGGGACAACAGGUUGCAAAGGGAACGUACUCCAGAGAGGGUAGAAGAAGGUGAAGUACCGAGCACAAGCGGCAGUAUAAGGUCUCCACCACGAUCAGCUGAUAAGAGGUCCUUUCCUGAUCGUAGCGUGAGUCCUGGAAGCCAGAAGCGACACUAUGGAAGCCGAGAUCAGUAUGGGAAUCGGAAAGAAGGCUACAAGGACGCGCGACAUUCUUCUUACAACCGGGAGCAUUACAGAGAUCACCAUUCUUCACACCAUAGGUACGACCAGCAUCGUUCAGAUGGUGACAGGGAUCGCCAUCGAGGUGAUCACAAAGAGAGGGACUGGUCUGACCGUGAUCACAAGAAGGCUCGUCACGACUGAUCAAUUUACUUGCUAUUUGGGCGUUGGUAAUCUGGUUUUUCAGGAAAAACGUCCACACAUGUUUUCUUGGGCUGCUUAGAUUGAAGCCUCUUAAUGACUCAGCCGAGUGUCAGUGCUUCUCCAAAGACAGGAGAGUUUCUGCACUGGAUUGCUGUAUUACUGAGUAUUUCGUCUCCACACGUGAUUCCAUUUAUCCUGUCAGUGGAUGCUGCAGCUUCCUUAAAUUGGUUGUAUGCAAGAUAAGCCAUCAGUUAUAUUUAUCAUGUGUGAACAAGGCAAGGUAGGAAAGAGAAAAUGUUCUUUAAUAGAUGCCUAGAGAGUUUGGUCCUUUUAGAGAUUAUAGAGUGCAUGUCAGUUAGUGGAGGUUUCUGUGGAGUUGUAUUUGUCCUUACAAGAGCAAAGCUCUUUUUUUCUGGUAUAUUUUCAUGACUCAUUACUUGUGUUGCCACACACAGUACGGUUUUCAAA